AUGGGAAAAGUAAUAUUAGAAAAUGCUCCACAAAAUGAUACUUUAACUUGUCCUAUGAUUCAAAAGGAUAUUGUCAAUGCUUGUGCAAAAGAAACAAUGAAAUCUAUAAUUGAAGACUUCAAUGGAGAUUACUUUGGUAUAUUAGCCGAUGAAUCCAAAGAUAUCUCGUACAAAGAACAAAUGACUCUUGUUUUGCGGUAUGUUAAUAAGAAUGGUGAAGUGGUAGAACGAUUUGUUGGCCUUGUCCAUGUUAGUGAUACAUCGGCAUGCUCAUUAAAGGAAGCAAUAUAUUCUUUGCUUUCGGAUCACUCACUAAGUACAUCUAAAGUACGUGGACAAGGUUAUGAUGGAGCUAGUAAUAUGAACGGAGAGAUAAGUGGUCUCAAGACUUUAGUUAUGAAAGAUAGCUCAUCGGCAUAUUACAUUCAUUGCUUCGCUCAUCAAUUGCAAUUAACACUUGUACCUAUUGCUAAAAAGCAUUUGGAUGUUGAAGACUUUUUUGAUCAUGUUACUAAUAUGUUGAAUGUUGUUGGAGGAUCUUUCAAGCGCAGAGACUUGCUUCGUCAUCAUCAAGCUGAAGAGUUGGAGCAAUUACUUGGGUCCGGUGAAGUUAUUAGGACAAUGAUUAAAUCAAGAACGUGA